AUUUAUAUACUCUCUUCUACGGUUCUAUUUCUACUCUCCUUUCUCUCUUUCUUUUCGCACUUAUCUCAACCAACUCUUCUCUCCCUCACUCGCUCAUGCAUUUCCACUACUAAAAACCAUGGGCAAAGCCUCCAAGUGGUUUCGCGCCAUUCUUGGCCUCAGGAAGUCCAACUCCACGCACUCCUCUAAAGACAAGCGCCUCUGGGGCUUCGGCAAGUCCUACCGCGAAAAAGACUGCAACAGCAACACUACUUCCGCCAAACACAACUCAUUUUACGCUCACGAGCUACCGGUUACUGUUAGUGAUGCUACUCUCUCUGCGGAGAGCCACGAUGCCGACAAACAUGCGAUCGCUGUGGCAGCGGCUACUGCGGCCGUUGCUGAGGCUGCGGUCGCCGCGGCUCAGGCUGCCGCUGCCGUCGUCAAACUCACCAGCAACAGCGGAAGGUGCGCGAAUUUAUCCUCGGCUUACGUCGGCAGCUGUGGUGGGGUCCGUGAUGAAGUGGCAGCGAUUAAAAUACAGUCCGCUUUUCGUGGAUAUUUGGCAAGAAGAGCGUUGCGAGCAUUAAGAGGAUUGGUACGGCUUCAGGCACUUGUCAGAGGCCACAUCGAGAGGAAAAGAACUGCAGAGUGGCUUCAACGAAUGCAAGCAUUGCUGCGAGCCCAGGCACAUCCUCGUGCAGGACAUGCUCAAAUCUCUGAAUCUUCACAAUCAAGCGGCAAGUCUUUACAUUUUCACCAACCAGGUCCACCAACCCCCGAAAAAAUUGAAUAUUCUAUCUGCUUAAAGAAUAGAAAACAUGAAGUGACAUCAGUACUGAAGAGAAAUGGAUCAAAAUCAAGUGGCAGGGCCCGUCCUGACUAUGACAAAGCUCAUACAGGCUGGAAUUGGUCAGGCCGCCAGAUGGAUAAUCCAUCAAAAGACCAAAAGGGGCCUUCAGUGAGGGCUGGUACCACCGAUGAUGAGAAGAGUGACAAAGUCCUCGAAAUUGAUACUGGGAAACCCCACUUUACACCCAAAGGUAGAAAUCUCUUUCUUUCAUCACAUGUUAAUGUCGCAUCAGAUCGGUAUAGCCGGAGUUUUACCACAUCAAAAGACUUGACAACACACCAGACGGUACCAAGUCCGACUUCGUAUGAAGUUCAAUCUUUAAGCCCUUGGAAAUCCUCCCACGAAGUUGAGGGAGUUUCUUAUUGUACUGCUGAAAAUAGCCCACAGGUUUUUUCUGCAUCAUCAAGGGUUGGUAGUUUCAGGAGAAGCCCCUUCACUUCCACAAAGACUUAUGGCUCGCAAAGCUGUACAACUGGUUACUCAGACCAUCCAAAUUACAUGGCUUACACUGAAUCUUCAAGGGCGAAGGUCAGGUCUCUUAGCGCUCCAAAACAGAGGCCUCAGUAUGAGAGAUCUAUUUCGGCAAAGAGGUACACAAUUCAUGGGUCUGUUGAAUCAAAAUCAAAUGUCCAUAGAUUUUCCAAGUUGCAUUCAAACUUUACAAGCAAAGCCUACCCUGGAUCUGGUCGCUUGGAUAGUCUCGGAAUGCCUGUUGGAUACAGGUAUUAAAUUAGUUUACCAGUAUUCUAGCUUUUCACUAUUAGCAUCUAAUCUGUCUAACUUUGGAGUUAGUUUUCUUAUGUAAUCUUCUGUGCCAAAAAUGUAUGAGUUGUGUAUGUUUUAGGGUAAAUUAUGAGCAGAUGUAACAGCCCAACUACUAAGAUGUGGAUGGCCCCAGCCGAUGCUAUAUUGAAUGAGUAGUUGUUGUAUUGAAUAUAACUAAUAGUUUUUAAGAAUUUGUAUUAAACUAA